AUCCAGAGAGGUCGCGAGAUCUGGCUCAGCUGACCAACCUCUUAUGCCAGAGAAGAGCGCGUGAGCAACUAAUCUGUGGGGAAAAAGCUAAUUUUACCUUCACAAAACGGUCAACCAACAAUAAAUUACAGAAGCACAAACUUUAAUAUUUGAAAGAUGGCAGACACAGAGCAAAGGAGUCCACCUUCGCCCCCUCAGGCUGGACCUGCGCAAUUCGUGUUGAGUAAUAAGCUGGAAACGGCUAUGUGGCUGUCACGGCUGUUCACUGUCUACUGUUCCAUCAUGUUUAUUCUGCCCCUGCUUGGGCCCCAAGCAGCUGCUAAUUUCUAUCAGAGGGCAUUGCUGGCAAAUGCAUUGACCAGUGCGCUGCGUCUGCACCAGAGGCUACCUCACUUUCAGCUGAGCAGAGCCUUCCUGGCCCAGGCCUUACAGGAGGACAGCUGCCACUAUCUCUUAUACUCCCUCAUCCUCGUCAACUCCUACCCUAUCACAAUGAGCAUAUUUCCUGUGUUCCUCUUCUCACUUCUCCAUGCCACCACCUACACUAAAAAAGUUCUUGAUACUUUGGGCCCCAACAGCCUUAUGUUUGUGAGGAACUUUCUGAACAAGCUCACAGCCAAUCAACAAAACAUCCUCAAGUUUAUUGCCUGCAAUGAGAUCUUCUUGAUGCCAGCCACAGUCUUCAUGCUCUUCAGUGGCCAGGGCAGCUUACUUCAGCCAUUCAUUUACUAUCGGUUUCUCACUCUACGCUAUUCCUCCAGGCGCAACCCAUACUGCCGGUCUCUGUUCACUGAACUGAGGAUCUUGCUAGAGCAUUUUGUGAUGAAGCCAAGCUGCCCUGCCUUCUUCAGGAAGAUGUGCCUCAGCAGCAUUGCCUUCAUCAGCCGCCUUGCCCCCACUGGAGUCUAACUGCUCUCUCUCUCUGAACAUACAAACGCUCGCAUACACACAACACACAUACACACCUGUCCUACAACAGUUCACAAAUUGGGACAGUUUCAAGAUGGACAUAAAAACAAGAUGGCCAAGUCUGUUUGCUCUGAGAUGGAUGUCCUCUUCUGCACUGAAGGAAUUUGCUAUAUUUGCAGAGACUAUCUGACAGACCGCAUCCAAAAUUCAAAACAGCUAGAAGACGCAUCUCUGUGCGCAGUUGUCUGUAAAGAUGGUGCAACUGUUUUAUCAGUUCAGUAGAGCAUUUAUAUUGAUACUCAUUUUCCGGGGUAGAGAAGACCUCUUGAGAUAUUUUAACUUAACUGCUACAUUAAAUAGAUAGAGCUCUAAAUAGCUAGUCUUUCUAAUGAGAUCAUGCCACACUGGGAAAGAGAUUUCAGCCAUUGUUAUAAUUGUCUGUCCUUCAGUUUGAUUCCAUUUUUAUAUGUUCUUGCUUGAACACUGUUUUUAUUUUGUCUUGUACUUGAGUAUCUCAAUGUGACCAGCUCCCAAGCAUUUCUGAAUAGUUGACAAUGAUCUGAAUAAGAUUGAGUUUUUUUGGGGGUGAAUAGGCUAAUCAGAUGACUGAGGUACUGGUAGAAAUCCAAUCUAUCCAUCUAUAGACAUCUAUUGCCCUAUAGUCAACCGUUAUAUGCCUUCAAUGCUAUUUAUUUUCAUGGCAAGUUAUAAAGAUUAACUCCAUUUCAGAAUUGUCACUUAUUUGCUUGUUUAAGGCAUGUUGUCACUAUUUAUUGCCUGUUUUUAUUGCCUUUGUGAAUCUGGUGAUGAAUAAAGUCUAUGAUCAAAGAUUAAAUUG